AUGACUGUAUCUGCGAGACCCUUUGGAACACCAUUUGAUCGCUCAGACGCCGAUGUCAUCCUACGAUCCUCAGACAAGAUAGACUUCAGGGCCCACAAACUCAUUCUUUCCAUCGCGUCGCCCUUCUUCGAGCAGAUGUUCAGUCUUCCCGUCCCCUCUCAGAAACAUGAUUCCGACUUUAUCAACGGAGUGCCUUGCAUAUCCAUGUCAGAAUCUGCUUCCGUCAUUGAACUUGUCCUCCGCUUCAUGUAUCCGAUCCCAUCUCCCAAAGUCACGUUAAAAGAUAUCGGAUCUCUGCUCGAGUUCUCUCGCAAAUACGAUGUACACAUCUAUGACUUUCAAGUUGACUGCGGUCUGAAGGAAUCUAUCGCAUCGGACCCAGUCGGCGUCUACGCUCUAAGUGUCGCCUACGAUAUCCCCGAGAUCAGAAAUCUUGCAGCCGUCGCCGCUUGUCGCCUAUCAUCAGACAUGCUCGAUUCGCCCUUGCUUCAUUACCUCUCGAUCCAGCAGUACAGACAGCUUGUCUCGUAUCGCAUCAAAGCAGGCAACGCAAUGUACGAUCUCCUCCAAGGACAAAGCUUCUACGUUGAAACAUCGGGAUCGUUUCGGUCAGGGUACCAUCAGUCCUGCGCAGAAUGCUCGUGCUCGGACGGGGACUGGGUGCUACAUACCAUCUACUCUGGAUACGUUAAGGCUGUGCGAGAGGACAUCAGGAAAGGUGCUGGGACAGAAGUCAUACUAGCACAUGUGCAUGUCUUUAUGCCGCAUGAUUCAAUGGGUUGUUUGCGAAAAAGUUACUCUUACCGGGGUCCUACCUGCUCCGGGAUAUCCAAAACCGCAUUCCAGUACUUUGCCGAUGCUCUACAUAAAGCCGCAGAAGAAGUGUGUUCAAAGGUCGGCUUACCGGCGAUUUGA